UUCAGCGAGAAAGAAAAAAAAAAAAUCCUUUAAUCGCUCGUAGAGGCGGCUCACAGUGCGCAUGUGUGAACAUUUACCCAGCAGGUAAACUCCACCAUGGCGGCGAGAGGCCAUGUGCAGGAUCCCAACGACAGGAGACUCAGACCCAUAUACGAUUACCUUGAUAAUGGAAACAAUAAAAUGGCAAUACAGCAGGCGGAUAAACUGCUGAAGAAACAUAAGGACCUGCACUGUGCAAAGGUCCUAAAAGCUAUCGGUCUUCAGAGGACUGGAAAGCAGGAUGAAGCUUUCACUUUGGCCCAGGAAGUGGCCACUCUAGAGCCCACCGAUGACAACUCUCUACAAGCUUUGACUAUACUGUACAGAGAGAUGCAUCGUCCGGAGUUGGUUACCAAGCUGUAUGAAGCUGCAGUGAAGAAGGUUCCUCUCAGCGAGGAGUAUCACUCUCACCUCUUUAUGGCUUAUGCUCGUGUGGGCGAGUAUAAGAAGAUGCAGCAGGCAGGAAUGGCCUUGUAUAAGAUCGUCCCCAAGAAUCCGUAUUACUUCUGGUCUGUCAUGAGUCUGGUGAUGCAGGCCAUCUCAGCGCAAGACGAAAAACUGGCCCAAACUAUGUUUCUGCCUCUGGCUGAACGCAUGGUGGAGAAAAUGGUCAAGGAGGAGAAGAUUGAAGCAGAAGCAGAGGUGCAGCUGUAUUUUAUGAUCCUGGAGCGUUUGGGAAAGUGUGUAGAGGCUCUUGAAGUGAUCAGGGGCCCACUUGGGGAGAAGCUGACCAGUGAGCUGCAGAGCAGAGAAAACAAGUGUAUGAUGCUCUACCAGAGAUUACAGCGCUGGCCAGAGUGUAACGCCUUGUCCCACAAGCUGCUGCUCAAAAAUCCUGAUGACUGGCAGUUCUAUACCUCCUACUUUGACUCUCUCUUCCACCUGAUUGAUCAGUCGUGGAGCCCGCCAGAAGAAGGCGAACACUGUUUGGAGGGUUCGGUACAUCACACUGUGGCUGAAGUGGUGAGGUUUGUGGAAGAGAGAAUUAAAGGGGAGGACAGCAAAGACUCUCGUUCACUCAGAGGACCCUAUUUAGCUCGGCUUGAAUUAAUCCACAGACUGAGAGAAAGGGGCUGUCCUGAAGAAAGCCUGCUAGGUGAGCCUUUAGAGCUAAUGUUGCAGUUCUUUGGCAAGUUUGGAGACAAACCCUGCUGCAUCACCGACCUAAAAAUAUACCUCCAUCUGCUCCCACCUGAUCAACACGUUCAGUUCAUUAACCGCCUGAGCGAAGCUGUUCCACUAGGGGAGCAGGGAGAGGAGGGAUUCGCUUUUCCGGAGGAUACCAAAGCACUACAGAGGCAUUUGUGUGUGUGUCAGCUGAGUCGAGCACUCGGGUUGCAUCACUCUCUGGAUGUGGAUGGAAAACUGCGGCUUAUCACGGAGCUCAAAGCCCACUAUCGUCACGGACUGAAGUUUGGGAAGACCGCUCUGAAGACGGAGCUGCAGUUUUCCGAUAUGUAUUGUCUCAUGGCAGCUCACGUAUACAUUGACUUAUGGACGGACACCGGGGACGAGAACAUGGUGUGGCAGGGUUUGGGUGUCCUCCAGGAGGGUCUGUCUCACAGUCCCUCCAACGCCCAGUUCAAGCUGCUCCUGCUGCUCCUCUACUGUCACCUGGGAGCCUUUGAGCCUGUAGUGGAUCUCUACUCCAGCCUGGAUGCCAAGCACGUGCAGCACGACACUAUAGGGUUUCUGUUAACACGCUAUGCUGAGUCAUUGGGUCAGUUUGCUGCAGCCUCCCAGUCCUGUAAUUUCUCCCUCAGGUUUUUCCACUCUAACCAGAAAGAUACCUCAGAGUAUAUCAUCCAGGCGUAUAAGUACGGAGCGUUUGAGAAAAUCCCAGAGUUCAUUGCUCUCAGGAACAGGUUGAACCAAUCGCUGCAUUUUGCUCAGGUCCGCACCGAGAGGAUGCUGCUGGACCUGUUCCUUGAGGCAGAUAUUGUAUUGAGUUUGGAGGAGAGUGUGAAGGCCAUGUCUUUGUCUGCAGAGGAGGAUGAUAUACCCUGGGAUAAUAUGAGGGACAACAGAGACCUUACCGUUUUUACCAGCUGGGACCCUAAAGAGAGACAGUUAACUGACGAGCACAAGCGUCGGUCUCUAGAGGAGGAGUCUGUCUGGCUGAGGAUACGCUCUCUGACGCUUCGCCUCCUCACCUCUAUGACCGCGCUGGGACAUGCACCCUCACAACAGAACUCUGAGACGAUCAAUGAAAACGGAGUCGGAGACAAGACCUCGAUCUUCAGCAGCCUCCUCACUCAGCUCAACCAGACUCUACAGACCGCCGCUCAGAUAGCAGAAAAAUGCACACAGUAUCCAUUCCUGGGCCCACCCUCCACACGCCUGGCCCCAGCGCUGUCCAGUGGGAGCUGUCAGUGCCAGGCUGCAGCCCUCCAGCUGUCUGUCCACCUACAGGAGCUGGAGAAUGUCGGACUUGAUGAGUCGUCAGAGCUUCAAAUCCAGAUCUGUAACGGUUUCAAAUCAUUAGUAGUUCAGCUUCAAGAAAUACUGAAUAAAUGCAAAGGGGAUUUAUUGGAAAUGAAAGAGGGUAAAUUAAAAACCUGGCCCUCCUUAUUAGAAAACCUAAUCUUCUUUGUUGAGACGGUGUGCAUAGUCUUUUGGAUGGCUAGUCACUGUGCCAAGAUCCUCCGACCACUCAAGACUAGUCUACAGAAGAAGAAAAAGAAGAAAAAGGAUUCAAACACAGCUCUGCCAGCGGUGGUGUGUGGGUUCCAGGAGCUGACAGGGAGCUUGCAGGACCUGCUUACCCAGGCUUUGGAGCAUAUAAAGGGGCAGGAGUCUGGCAUCACAGCCCUUAAACUGGCCAGUUUAACCUUGGAAGAAUACCCACAGGAGGAAGCAUCAUAUAUGAAGGCUGCUAUGGACAAGGUGCAGAGCAGUUACCUGCGCUCACUACAGGAGGUGGGAGACCUGCUCAAGAAGAGAGCAGAAACUAUAAAGAACCUCAAGAUCUGAACACCAUCACACACACCCAAAUAAAGACGACUCAUACCCCCACCAUCACCCCCCAAAUGCCCGAUACCCCCACCGUCUGUCAGUCUGCGAGCCAACCUACGAGUCCUACUUUGCUUGCUGGUCCGACAAACCCCGACUCCACCCGCCCGAACACACAGACGCCGCUGACCUCCUUCCUCCUUUUCUUGCAUAUUUCUCACAGAGCGUUUGUGAGCUCUCGAUCUGCAUUCAAGUUUUUCUUUUUUUUUUCUUUCACUUCAACACACACACCUCUGGGACAUUUGCAACUCUUAAUAGCACACAAGCUUGUAAGUAAACUCAUGAAUUUAUACAGCAGUUAUGAGUGAAAAUGAGGAAGAAAAAAAGACGUGUUCCUUUUUUUUAAAGAAAUGGAAAUAGAGCAAAAUUAGGGGAAAUGAUUAAGCAGUUUUAGAUGAACGAAUCUAAUAAAUUAUUGUACAUAGCAAAGAUCAACUACCACAGCUCCUUGACUGACUAAAUGAGAAUAUAAGACACAAUAAACCACUAUUCAGUUUGUUUGUCAGUUAUGUUUCCUCUUUAUUCUUCACUUUGCUUCUUCUGAGUCACCAGAAGACAAAGUCACACAUACAGGGACUGUUAACACUAAGGAGGAAAGUUCCUAACAAUGUGCUGCUUUUCCAGCUGUUUCUCUUCAUCAAGAGCAAACAGGCACAAUUUUGCAUUGAACUUAUUCACUGUAUGGAAAUAUGGACACGGUGGCUACCUGCAGAAGGCCUUCAGACUGAAGUUUCCCAUUCAAGAAUUCUUUUUCCUUUUCUUCUUUGUGUAUCUCGUGUGUCGCUUUGGUACUGAAAGUGGAACCACCUCUGUAGUUGCAGUGUUAUAAAGAGCAGUGGUGAGAUGAAUUAAAUAACCAGGACAUGUUUUUUAAGAAAAAUCUGAAUUGUCUGCCACUAUUGUUUGUCCUUUUUUUUUUUUUUUUUAAUAUAUAUAAAUAUAAAAAUACUUGUAGAAGUGGUGCUUGUAAACAUGUCUGUUGUGGAAUCGGGGUUUCUUAGCACAAAGACAAAUCAGACAGGAUCAAAUAAUCAGAAUCCUUUUUAAGACUGAACUGAUUAAUAAUAAUUUAAGAGAUCAUGAGCAAAUAUAUUAAUUAGUGUUCAUCAAAAUUGUUUUCUACUUGUCAUCCACACCUUCCUUCUUGACUACAGACAUGUAAAGUCUUUGUAGCAGUGUGAAAAUGCCAAUUGAUUUUAAUUAAGAGAACAAUCACAAUGACUUUUCAUGGAGUGACAAAGAGUCAGUCUAGACGAGAACAAUAAGAGGGUUUUGUUCACUUUGACCCAGAUCUGAUUGUACAGGCAGUUAUUUUGAGCCAAGAUGCAGCUCUGUAGAAUACUAGCUGUCAUAAACAGGUCAAACCCAGGCAGGUGUGUUCCACAGACAAACAUUGGACCUAAUUGUAAAUAAAAGUUUGAGGCCACCUUUUCAAAGUACAGUGUGCGAGGACAUUAGUGUGUUUUAAGAGCAGCUGCAGUAGAGACUAUGAGAUUAUGUCCUGUGUUCAUGUUUUUUAUUGUCAUUCCCACUUACUUAAGACACCUCCACCCCAAAACGUCUCGUGAACCAAAACAAUUUGGUCAGCAUCUUCUCAGUUUGUAAAAAAAAAUGUUAUAAAUAACUAAUGAGAAAUUACCCGGAGAUUAAAGCAGGCCGUGACAUAGUUUACAAACAUCACAGAAGAGCACUGAUGGACGGCUGCUGGCACCGCAGGUAGUUGCAUUUUUGUUUAACUAUUUUAUUAAGAAUUUGGCAGAGCAAUGUGAAAAUGUGAGGACACAGUGACUCCCCCCCCCUUCAUGUUAGUCUUGUAUAUGCAUACAAUCACAUCUGCUAAUGAAUGCCUUCUCUUUUUUUUUUGAAGACUCACUCAGAAGAUGUUUGUAAUCUGACUACAUGUGUUGUUGAGGUUCAGAAUGAUGGUUGACAAUCUGGAGCGUCAUCUCACCACCUUCUUUUGUUAGAAAAUGGAAAACAGAAACACUGGAAUGUCAAAAGCUUUUUUUAAAUAAAAAAAAAAAAAGUAAAUGUGA